AGAGAUCCGACGCCGGCUGCCUCUCUGGCUGCCUCGGAACCGCAGGAAUGGAUGUUGCCAAAGCCCCCAAGGUCUUUGUUUCGACAGGUCGCCGUAUCCUCACAAUCGGUUUUGCCUUGCUUAUCCUGUCGGUCUUGGCUUGGGCCUACAUCACGGGAGUCCAGCUGGUUUCCGACCGGUACCACAUAAUGGCUUUUGGUCUCUACGGAGCUUUCCUUGCAAGCCAUCUGGUCAUACAGAGUUUUUUUGCCUUCCUGGAACAUAAGAGAAUGAGAAGGGACUCGCUGACUUGCAGCUAUACCAAAACGGUGGCCCUCACCAUCUCGGCGUAUCAGGAGGACCCGGUCUACCUCCGCGAGUGCCUUCAGUCUGUCAAGGCGACCUUGUACCCACCGGAGAAGCUCCGGAUCAUCAUGGUAAUAGAUGGCAACAGUCCUGAGGACCAAUACAUGAUGGACAUGUUCCAGGAGGUUUUUGCCGGAGAGGACGUGGGUACUUUCAUCUGGGAGAACAAUUACCACCACCAGCCACAGUUGGAUGUGGAUGAGGGAGACAGCGGUUACCAGGCUGGGGACGAGCCAUCUGCUUACAGUGAAAUCGAUAUGGAGGAUCCGGGGCAACUAGCCGUGGAGGAGCUGAUUCGGACUCGGAGAUGCGUCUGCAUCAUGCAAAAAUGGGGCGGGAAGCGGGAGGUCAUGUACACCGCUUUCAAGGCCCUGGGCAACUCGGUGGACUACGUCCAGGUUUGUGACUCAGAUACCAAGCUAGAGCCAGUGGCAACGGUGGAACUGGUGAAGGUACUGGAAUCGAACGAACGCUACGGGGCCGUCGGGGGAGAUGUGAGGAUCCUCAACCUCUCUGAUUCCUACAUCAGCUUCAUGAGCAGCCUCCGCUACUGGAUGGCCUUCAACAUCGAACGCGCCUGCCAGUCUUAUUUCGACUGCGUCUCCUGCAUCAGCGGCCCCCUGGGCCUGUACCGGAAUGACCUUCUGCAACAGUUCCUGGAGUCCUGGUACAAUCAGAAAUUCUUGGGGACCCACUGUACCUUUGGCGAUGAUCGGCACCUCACCAACAGGAUGCUGAGCAUUGGCUACGCCACCAAGUAUACAGCCCGCUCCCGCUGCUAUUCAGAGACCCCGUCUUUGUUCCUCCGAUGGCUGGCACAGCAAACCCGUUGGACUAAGUCCUACUUCCGUGAGUGGCUCUACAAUGCUCUCUGGUGGCACCGUCACCACUUGUGGAUGACCUACGAGUCAGUGGUCUCCGGCAUCUUCCCCUUCUUUGUCACAGCCACUGUCUUGCGGCUCUUUUACGGGGGGAAUUUGUGGGACGUGCUGUGGGUACUGCUUUGCGUCCAGCUGGUGGCCUGCGUGAAAGCCCUCUAUGCCUGCUGGCUCCGGGGAAACCUUGUCAUGAUCUUCAUGUCUUUGUAUGCCGUGCUUUACAUGGGCGGCCUCCUCCCAGCCAAGUAUUUCGCCAUCGCAACCAUGAACAAGAGCAGCUGGGGCACCUCGGGGAGGAAGAAAAUGGUGGGGAACUACAUGCCCCUCUUGCCCGUUUCCAUCUGGGGCCUGCUGCUCUUGGGGGGCAUGAUCUAUACCAUCUGCCUGGAGGCCCUAGCUGACUGGACAACAGAGGCCAAGCAAAUGGAAAUCUGGUACCUGCUCUCCGGCUCAGCCAUCUACUUGAGCUAUUGGGCUUCCAUGAUCUUGCUUUAUUGGGUGUGGAUACGGAGGUGCUGCCGGAAGCGAGUCGAUUUCUACAGCGUCCAGGUGUGAACCGAGUCAAAGGCUGGGGAUCCUGAAGCCUAUGCGUCUGGGUGCAAGACUGAACGUUGGCAGUCAGGCUGGGAAUCGAGACUCUUGGGAUGCCGCCCAAGCUGUAGGGGUAGAGAACAGACCCGCAGGGGUAGUGCUGGGAUGAGAAAUAGGAGUUUAUACACUGGGUUGGGUUCCAUCCCGUUUUCAUCACAGUGUCUGUAGAGCAGAAGUGUAGACUCUCAGAACCCAGGAUGGAGCUGGGUACGAACCACCCCAAGGUUUUUGUAUCUCAGGGAGGAUACUGUUUUAUCCAAUGAGACCAAAGCGUUGUUAGCGUCGUCCUUCUUCCCUCCUUCAGCUGGGAGGAGAGGAAAACAUUUCAGACCUCAGUUUGUUUAUUUAUCAUUGAAUUUUCUCACACUGAGCACCGGUGUGCCUCUGCCUUCUCCUUCGAAAUGCAGCCACUUCUGGGGUGCAGCAGUUCAGGGAUAGCCGCACAAGGACACGUCACGCGGGAACUGAUCUCUUUGUACUGAAAUGCUGCUCUGAGGCUGGCUGCUGCAGCUCCAGUUGUGAUUUUUGUCAUGUUUCUGGCUAUUCUGUUUGAGUUUGGAACGGGUCGGAUCUCACUUGGGUGGGGAACCGCACUUUGCUGAAAUUUGAGAUGAGACCUCGUCACAUAGGAAUUGUUGCA